AUGCAACAACAAAAUAAUUUUGAAACUGCUCAUCUAAAGUGCCUCAAUCCUGCUUCGCAGCAAGAUGUACACAAGAUUGUAGUGGAUAAAAAAGUAGAAUCAUCAAUCCACAGCACAAAGAUAGCACCUAUACCAAUAACCAGCAACAACACUGAAAAUGAAGCACAAUUGCCAAAAUACAAACGCAUUAAACGCCUGAGUGCCGGUUCACGCCUAUCUAGGUAUUACUGCAUUGGAUCUGAAAUUAGAAUAUCUGCUGAACCUAUAAAAAAGGAGUCAAGCAGGCCUAUUUUACGGGAUGUAAUUGAGCGUAAGACGGGUAAAUAUAAAAUUUUGAAGAUAAUUUCCAAGAGUAGGAUACCUGCCGGGCCAAAUGGGAUGCAAACUUGGGUGACGCUUUGCGAGAAAUUGCUUAAUUUGGAUAGGCAUCCAAAUCUUAUGUCCAUAUAUGAAAUAUACGAGUCAGAAUCUUCGUUUUAUAUAAUUGCUGAGAAGAUGGAGGGAGGGGAGCUUUUCGAUUUUCUGCUGAAAGAAAAGGCUAUUCCUGAAGAUAUAUGUAAAUAUAUAAUCCGGCAAUUGCUCAUAGCCACUGAAUAUCUUCAUUCAAAGCACCUACUACAUAGAGAUAUUAAACCAGAAAAUUUAAUGUUCCGCAGGAACAUUAACUCGAGGAUGAUCCCAAUAGAAGAUAGGUACGAACUAUCGCUAAUUGAUUUUGAUACAUGUAAAAUGACGGAUUCACCCCAAAGUCAGCAAUGUGAAAUCGUUAACGGGAGGCGACGUCUAGUAGGUACAUACGGUUAUUUGGCUCCAGAGGUGUUGAAAGGUUAUGAUUAUUCUCCUGCUUCGGACCUAUGGUCAGUUGGCGUUGUCCUGUAUAUACUAAUGACAGGGGUUCCCCCCGCCAGUAUGGACAUUAUGUACGAUGCACAAUCUAGUUUAAAUGUUCUAAGACAUGCUGAAAUAAAUGGUCUGGACUUUGACAUGCCUCCAUUUUUAGACUUUCCCCUAGCACGAGAUUUAUGCAAACGGCUUCUUACAUUUGACCCCAAAAAGCGGCUCAAUAGUGCAUCUUUGGCGUUAGAACACCCAUGGUUGGCAAACAUUCCUUCGUGUUUCAAGAAAGUUAACAAUAUCCACUAUCAUAACAAUAACAAUUCCGAUAAUAACAAUUCUCACGUCCAUAAUAGUGGCAACUCAAACGGGCAUAAUAAUUUUGCCAGACAAGAUGAGCAAAAUAAUGGUAGAAAUGGCGGUAAACACAAAUGGUACAAGAGCAACGAAUGCAAAUCAAAUGGUCAAACUGAUUUUGGCAAUGAUCAAACCGAUGUUCCUGGUGGGUCUACUUCUGGCGCCUAUGCCAGUGAAAGUAUGGAAGUAAAAGAUGUUAAGAAUAUAAACAAGUUUAGGGGUGUUAUAAAUAGUACAGUUUAUAAUGAAAGCACUGAAACAAUAAUUUCUGAUGCUGGAGUACAGCAUAGGGGUUUGUUGUGUCCACCACCGAACAUUCCCACAAUGGAGAUGCAAAUGAAAAAAUUCAUUCCAUCUAAAAACACGAAACUAUCGCAGAACAAUGUAAUGCAGAGGAAGAGAUCUUCUUCCGAAAUGGAAAAAUCAUACAAGUUGGGCCUCCAUUCUCAAGCUCUUGCCCUAAAUGCCGUGGCUGUGCAACAAAUGGAUACGGUUGUGGUGGAGCAGGAGGUCGAACAAAAUUCCAAAGUGAGCAAAUUAUUAGCUACCAAUGGGCAUAAUCUAGAGUCUUAUAAACAAUUUGGGUCGUUAGAUGCAGUAGAAUCGUUGGAUUCCCGUCACAACAAUACUGCGGGCUUAGCUGCAAUUACUGCUAUGUUCACCCAAGUACAAUCAUCUUUAAACAGUCACAACCAAAGCCAUAGUCAUAACUGUAUCCAUAAGUCUAAAAGAAGUAGGAAGGCCAAUACACCACGCAGCCGAUGCUCACAACAGACUGUAGCGUCUUAG